CAAGUCAAUACACAACCGAAACAAAAACAGCUCAGAACAUCCUCCGCCACCAAACGCCGCCGCCGUCGCCGUCGAUACAAAGUUGUUUCCUGAAUGGCGGCUGCUGCAAUUACUGGUGUAGGAUUGUCGUGUCCCUCAAAAUUGAGUCAAACUGCCGCCGGUCGCCGCCAAAAGCGGUGCGCUUCAGUCGUCAGGAUGACUUUGCUCGAUGAGAAGAAGAAAACGUACACACUCACGAAAUCGGAAGAGGCUUUUGCCGCCGCCAAGGAACUGAUGCCCGGAGGUGUAAAUUCUCCGGUACGUGCUUUCAAGUCAGUUGGUGGUCAGCCUAUUUUGGUUGAUUCUGUGAAGGGCUCUCACAUGUGGGAUAUUGAUGGUAACGAGUACAUUGACUAUGUCGGAUCAUGGGGGCCAGCCAUUAUUGGCCAUGCAGAUGAUGAGGUACUUGCUGCCUUGUCAGAAACAAUGAAGAAAGGAACCAGCUUCGGUGCACCUUGCCUCCUCGAAAACGUCUUGGCAGAAAUGGUGAUCUCCGCUGUUCCAAGUAUCGAAAUGGUUCGUUUCGUAAACUCAGGCACAGAAGCAUGCAUGGGUGUACUUCGAUUAGCUCGUGCAUACACAGGGCGCGAAAAAAUCAUCAAAUUCGAAGGAUGCUACCAUGGCCAUGCAGAUGCAUUCUUAGUCAAGGCGGGAAGUGGUGUUGCCACCCUCGGGCUCCCAGAUUCCCCCGGAGUUCCCAAAUCAGGCACCUCCAACACGCUGACAUCACCUUACAACGAUAUCGCAACAGUCGAAAGCCUCUUCGAAGCGAACAAGGGAGAAAUUUGUGCAGUCAUACUCGAAGCAGUUGUAGGAAACGGUUUAAUUUAA